AUGGCCACAGACUUGUUACAAGUGCUGAAUGGAGAAAGAAGGUUUCUCGCGGUGACGCAGUUCUCACCGACUCACGCUAGAAAGGCCUUCCCGUGUUUCGACGAGCCCAUCUAUAAAGCCACAUUCAGAGUGAGUCUGAAACACGAGAGCUCGUAUCAGUCGCUGUCUAACAUGCCAGUGGAGGCCUCGACGUCUGACGAGGACGGAUGGGUGACCAACCAUUUCUCCAGGACGCCCCGCAUGUCCACGUACUACCUGGCCUGGGCCGUGUGCAACUUCACCUACAGAGAAGCAUGUAAAGAUGUUUAA